UUUUACUCUCCUGCAAAUUUUUACUGGAAAAGUACGCGAACAGACCUAUAAUGUUUCCAGGUGUCAUUAUCAGCUGGCACAAUGUGCCAAAAUCGAUUAGCUACUACGGCCUGUAAAAAGUUGAAUAAUAAGAAAUACAUUUAUGAAUUAGAUUAAAAACCUUAACGAAAAAAUUUCCUGCAAAAUGCGUUUCUUCUCUUUUUCCAACCGACUGGCGAGUCUACGUGCAAGAGUAGACAAUACAUUUACAUUGCCCGAACGCUUUAAAGGCACCUUUGUGGAGAGACUUACAAACUACUGGAAAGGCCUUUUAACUGACUAUAAAGAUGUUGCCGUGGGAAUUGUGAAAGAAAGUAUAGAGAAACCAAAGAAGGCGAUAUUCUAUGGAGUGACAGGAUAUUCUAUAUAUUUGUGCGGCCAACGAAACCCCAGUGAAGAAGAUUUUAUUCGUCAAUUUCGUUUGGCUACAAAUGAGAUGAUACUGGUAAACCCUUCACUGCAGAACCCAACUUCAGAUGCAUAUUUAAGACGACUGCAAGAGGAUAUUAAUCAGAGACGUUUACGUUUCUUAUCACUUGGUAUAUUGACUUUAAUGUGGGAGGAUUUAUACGACAGCGAUGAUUGCACAUAUCCGGCAAUAUGCGAAUAUACCAAAGUGUCAUUUUGGUCCAUACCACAACAUGUGAUUGAUGUCGGAUUCUGGAAUAAAUUUUGGCGUUUAAAAUAUGAAUUGCACAACUACGAUGUAAAUUAUUUGUAAUAAAAUACGAAGACAAUUUG